AUGGUGAUGGAAUUCGGCACUCCCACCAGGCGACGCAGAAAUAAAGAGAAAGUGAAAAGUAGCCCGAUACAAGAUCUCAUUACGAAUUCUAGCCCUGUCAAGUUCUUGCGGAGUCGGAAAGGACGGGGAGCAUCAUUCUUUGCAUGGAUUCUGUUGAUCAGUUUCAGCUCGGCAUUUCGGGUAUUAUGGCAAUCAGCGACAUUCACGAGAAACUUGACUUCGAUAGAAGAUCAAUUCUAUGGUCUCGAGAUUCUAGCUGCCAAGAAGAGCAACAGAAAUCGCGAUAAAAGAGUGCGUCCACGGAUAGGAAUGCAAUUUGAUGUUCUACCAAUAACGGCAGCAGAAGAGAGCCAACCAACGAUACCGAGCACGUUUGCAAGCUUGCAAGUACAGAUUCCUGACGAUUUGCAUAAGAUAAAGAGCCUGUGUGGAAAACUUCAUGGAGAACAAUCUCGAGUCCUUAUUUCCGGUGUUUUGACGCACCCCUUUGGGACAGAGCUUGCUCUUUUUUUGUCGAACGAGUGUGGGGUCAAAAAGAUCCAUGCAAUUUCGGAACAUGCCAUGGACACAGACAGCUACAACCGACUAUCUUUUCUGUUGAAACGGCUCCCAGAUGUUGAAAUCCACUUGAGUGAAGCGACAAAUUCCGGUCCAAACAGCGACACAAUAUCCAGUCUAUUUUCAGCUCUUGUUCCAACUCAUGUGGUUCAUCUGGAAGCUCUCUCAUUUCUGUCACCAGAAAUCCAAGUGAACCCAACAAUGACAUCGAUUCGAAAUAGUCUCAACAAAAUAGAAAGACUGUGCGAAGCAAUGACGAAACAAUCUACGCUUGGUAUGCCUGCCCCUGAACUGAUCUAUUUGACUUCAUCAUCGUCGUCAACGGUUGAUGAAGAGAACCACCAGCAUAUAUCCUAUGCAAUACAGCACAUUAUUCCAAUGUUAAUGAAAACAUAUACGGCAAAAUACAAUACUCGAGUAGCGCAGCUUCAUCUACCAACAAUCUUUGGCCCAAUGGAACAAUCCAGAACAAUACUUGAUGCUGCUCUGAACGUCAACGCGACAAAACCAUCGACCCCCUCGACUCUGAUCCAUAUCACCGAAGCUGUCUUUCUAACAGUGAGCUGCAUGACAAGAACAAAGCAUGCCCCCACUGAUGAAAGUAGAAUAUCGAUUCCUUCGUUUCAAGCGGCGCGAUCACACACACAAAGCCUUGAUGCCGUUGUGUCGACUCUUUACUCCUUGUCGAAAGGAAAAUCUACCACCAGGAACGCAAGACGAAUAGAAGCAUAUCUUCAAAUGCUCUCUUGGUAUCACAAAGAUGCGCAUCCAUUCACCACAUCGAAUAUGACCAAUUCACAAACUCAACAAGCAUUACAACACACCAACAAGUUGCUUCCACAAGCAGGAGCACAGACAAACAAUAGUCUCAUUGGAGUUUCCCAAUUGGAACGUCGUACUUUCAAUCUAUUCCCCUGCGCCUCGGAAUGUGCUACGACACAUACGCAAUGCCUUUCGUCGAACAUUGACGAGUCUCUCAAUAUUCUAGCAAAGAACAUUACAUACGACUGUCGAUAUGUGGUCUAUAUGACCGACUUUUCGGAGGGUUUACAAGAUCUCCCGCUAUUGAGAAAUACAACGGAUCAGAAUGUCAUGUGGCCAAGCGAUACGGUAUGCCAAGUGGCAUUUGUUUCAAGCCACAGUAAAUUAGUUCGACACUUGAUGAGUGGUGAACAAGGAGUCCAACAGGGUGAAGAGAAGCCUUCGCUUGAGGAAUGGAAUGGACAACUGUCACAUAAACGAUGGAAGCUUCUAUGGCCGAGUCAACAGUCAAAUGAUCACUUGGUGGAAGGCGAUUAUAUAAUGCCAAAGAUUGCUCCUGGUUCGUUCAUGUCCCACAAUGUUACCAAAGCACUCUACUUGGAGCCGAAUCAUAUCGAAGCGUUACCAUCCCUCCCAGUGUUGUGGUUCCUCAUGUCAAAACAAUUGGACCAGCGCAAGAUUCCUGGACGUGACAAGAUUGUGCGACGGAGUGGUACAUCCGUGGAGAGUACCGUCCACAUUCCUGGCAUUCCAGCAAAGCACGUUGCUCUGUUCUCGCACUGGUUUGCUAACCAAGGACAAGGCACUGCAGGAGCCAUGGCAAAAGAUAUUCUAGAUCAAAAAGGGAUAGGCUGGGAACGAUCUUGGCCAAUGCAGCAAUUGUCAUUUUACGAUUAUGUCAUGAGAGACUUUGGACUCAAGCUUCCUGAUACCUUUCUGGUCGUUCACAAUGUGCAAUCGGAUCGAAGUCGGCGGCUUCGUUGCGAAUGGUACGAGGAGCAACUGUUUUGGAGCACGAAUGAUGCUGGUGGAGAAAACCGAAGCCGGGGUCUCGAAGAUCUUACUUUGGCUUUUGUCCUAGCUAGAUGGAGAGCUAAAGGUCGACUAAUUCCAGCCGAAGAAAGUUGGGGCGAGCGAAUGUUGACCGACGAGGAAUUCAAAGAUAAGAAGGAAAACGAGGACACUGGUAGUAAGUCGACCAGUCAAUACUUUGUCAAGAUGCAUAGACCAAUGGCAGUGAGGAGGAAAUACAAAGUUUCAUGA